AUUAGUUUAAACACCACUAUUUAAUAAUUCUACAAUCUACUUUAUUAAAUAUGGCUUAAUAAAUUAUAUUUUUAAGUAUUUUUAAAAUAAAUGAAAGUUGUGGAAAAUAUGAAGGUUCUUCUAGAAGUAAGAAUUACUUUUAAACUUAGUAAAUGAAUGGAUUGACUAAAUUUUCAAACAUUCCCAGUACAAAAUGGCUUCAUUUUAACUUCAUUACUUCAAUUUAUAAUCUAUACACCAAGAAUAAUACACACCCAAACAGUAAUUAUGUCAGAGAAUUGCCUAGACUCGACCAUAAAUCCGCUUUUAAGCCCUAUGAAAAGGAGGAAAAUGAGGAAAAUGAUAGUAUAUCACACUUACCAGGCCGUUUAAUAUGUCAUUUAAACAAACAUAGAGAAUCACUCUUACGUAGUGACUUGUACUAUGGUAAUAUUACUAAAUGGGCCUAUUAUGGGCUCUUUUCAGUUGUUAUAUAUAACUGGAACAGUAUACAUAAAAGAGAGAAGUUGGCUUUAAUGAACUCGAUUGUUAAGAUAAUAAGGUCAAUUUCCUAUAACUCCUCAGAAAAUAACCCAAAUAGUCUUAAUUUGGAUAAUUAUAAGCAAUCACUUAUAGUGUUUUUAAAGUUCAUUUUACUCUCUGACUCAAAUACUUUGUCUAACAUCAAUAACACCUCAUUUGUUUCUGAUAAUUGCAUUAACAAUUGGAAAUAUGUAUACAAUUGUAUUCACAACUGUGUGAAUAAUUUGAACAGUUUUGACUCAGUGGGAAAUGGAACAUUCACGGAAUUGGUAAAUGAGUGUAACUAUGUAAGGGACUUUCAAAAACUCUUUUCCGUGUUAUAUUGGGUCAAAUCUCUUAAAAUUAUUUAUAGUCAGCUGGAAUUACUCUCUAGUGCAGUGUUGAGAAGGCUUAAAUCAGUAUACGAUGAGGAUUGUGAUUUGAGGGAUAUUAUUAACAUAUCAUAUUACACAUCUAUGAUUGACCCUAAACUGCUAUCUGACGGGUUCAUUUCUGAUUGUUUAUUCUCAAGGUUUAAUAAUAGAUAUCACAGCUUGAAUGUUAUUGACUGUUAUCAUCUUCUCCACUUUCUUAAAACUUAUCUUAAUUAUAGUCUUGGUAAUGAGAUACAAUAUACCUUUUUACGAUUGGCCUUUAAUAUUCUGGUUAAUAUACACUGUUACAUCAAUAACAGUGGUGAAUUGGAUAUAAAAGAGUUGGAAGAAUUAUCAAAUAAAAUAUUCAAUUACAAGGUGGACUUAACCUGCUUAAAUCAGAAAAAUCAACCAAAUGAAGAUAAAAGAUACUAUAAAUUAAGGGUUAUAAGUAACUUGUUACAAGAAGUGUCACAAGAUUUGGGAGUUUUAACACCCUUCUGUAUUAAAGUGUACAAUAAAGUUGUUAAUUUUUUAAACUAAUGUUUUAUAUAUUUA